AUGGUCGUUUUGAUAAGCUAUACCAACUUCUAAAUAUUGUAUUUGUUUUAAACUGCGGUUGGUAUGAGCUGCCGAAACGUUUAUCACUUUUCGUUAGAUCACUCGUGCCAUGAUUGAUAUUUGAUAUAUCACAGAUAAUUACAAUAAUAUACAAUAUUAUACUUAUCUGUGAAUAUAAUGCAGUUCUUCGAUAUUACCAUUUGGCGUUUACCAUGAAAUGCUUAUUGCUUACCUACAGUAAAAUAUGACACAACGCAUAGAGUAAAGGAAUUUUAAUGUUUUACAAUUUGUUGUUUAUCAAAAUAAUUCAAGUAUAAUAAUAUUUUGUUGUGCUUAUGUGUCUUGAUUAAUUGAUUUCAAUUGUUCAUCAUGAAAAAUCCUUUAUUUUUUGCGGGUAGACAAUAAACAAACACGACCGAUUUGAGGAUUUUUUUCUGAUGUCUGUUAUUUUUAAAUGUUACAUAGUCGUGGGUAACAAUGUGUAGAUUUAAAGUUAAAACGUGAAAACUAUUGUGUUUACAUAUUUUUCGACCAGAAGUAAACUUAACUUGCAAAAUUUUUGGAAAUUAUCAGUUAAUAAUUGGUAGUAAAGAAGUUUUGAAGAUCAACCUCCUGUAAGUUAUCUAAAAUCAGCCACAUAAGAAACAUCCUUCCAUUGAAGUGACUAGAAGAGCACGCGUUCUAAUAAAAUUUGAUCUUGAGUGCAGUGUUAGAUUACCUAAAUUAUUUUAUUUUUGAGGGUACAUUUUGUUUUUUAUCAAGUGUUUAUUUUACAAUUUUGCUGUUUCAAUGCAUUAUCAAAAUUUUAAUGAUUUUGAUAUUGAGUCAAGUUUCCAAGAAGAUGAGAAUGUUGUCAUCGAUAAACCUUUUAUUCCUGUCAAACCUCCAAAAGCAGCAUCUCCGCCACCAGUACGUUCAACAUUUAAGGCACCUACUGGUCUUUCUCGGGAAGAACAGUUGUUAUCCACAGUUGUUCACUUGGAUAACGGUACAACUGGCUAUUUAAUAACUUUAAAUAAAACAACAGGAUCAUGGUCAUGUCACGCUUGUUAUCCUUUCAAAGUUCCAACUUUGUCAUUGCUCGAAGAGCAUUUAACCAACAAAAUGCAUUUAUUAGAAAUGGGAAAAUCUUGUUUUCCAGCAAAAAACUUUAUCAGAGCAUGUUCAGAAACCGGAAUAAGUGUUGGUAUGCCGUCAAUGGUAUCGGGUGAACCAAUACCACCAGGAAUGGAAGAUGAAGUAGAUAAUGUGUUGGCCCGUAUUCAAGCUACAUUGGAUUCAAUUUUUAUACCAUUAAUAGGUAUAGAAUUUAUUUUAGAAUUAUUGCCAUCUGAACCAACUGAAGAACCUAGGUAUAUGUGUGCAUUGUGUGAUAAACGAGGUGAUCCACGAACUUUCCCUAAUCAUUUGCGAAGCUUUAAUCACCAUAUGGCAUAUUUGCGAAGAUAUUUUAGAACAUUAGCCAGCGCACUGGAAAAAUUAAACAAAGUAUCUUCUAAAGGAUUUCAAGAAUUAGUGUUUCAUGUUAUUGGGAAAAUAGAAGAAACAUAUGGCCGUAUGAAACCAAUAGUGAUUGAUGCAAGUCUAUUUGAUGUAUCUACUGAAAAAAUAAAAAUCUUAAGACAAGUAAAUAAUGGAAAACAUAUCAUGGAAAAUCCAGAAGAUCUAUGGAUGUUAGAUAUGAUAAAAUCAGAAUUUGUUGAAAAUCCUUCAUUAUUACAAGAAAAAUUUCCUUUAAAAAAAAUAACUGAGAAAAAUAAACGUGACGAAGAAGAAAAACAAAAGGCUAUUAAAGCUGAAACAUCAUUUAAUAAAAAUCCAAGAAUUGCUGUAAAUAAAUCCCAACUACGCCCAAAAAAUGAUAAAGAAGAAAGUGAUUCUGAUAUAGAAUUUGUUGAUAUUAAAACAAAUACUGAAUCUAGACCAAGAAAACGUGUAUCAAGUAGAGAAUCUAAAGAUAGAAGACGUAGAUCACCACCUAGAAGACAUCACCGUUCUAGGAGUCCAUAUCGUCAUAAAUCUCGUACCCGUUCAAAAACUCCUGUAAUGAUAAGACAGAGAUCUCGUUCACAUUCUCGAUCAAGAUCUCGUUCACCUUACUACAACCGUAAUAAUAAAUAUUCUAGUCAUCGAAGGCGUUAUAGAAGCAGAAGUAGAGAAAGAGAUGAAUCUUACAGAAGACAACUUUCCCCUCCACCAAAUGUGCAUUCUAUGCACUCUAUGUCGGGUUAUGUCUCAGGACAUCCACAUCCUAGAAUGUUUUAUGCUGCACCUUAUAUGUCUUUCCCUAGACCAUUUAUGAGAUUCCCUCCGGCUAGUAGACCUAGGUUCUACUCUCCAGAUAUGUAUUCAGCUGAAUAUCAUACACAAAAAGAAAGGAAUACUAGUAAAAGAAAAAGAUUGAUACAAGAAUAUGAAAAAGCUGUGGAAGAAAUGAAAAUUGAAAUGGAGAAAAAGUUAAGUUAUCAUGAAAAAAACCCUGAAAAACAUCCAUUAUAUCCAGAUGAAUGGAAAAAGUUUUGGAAUCGACGUUUUAAAGAAUUGCAAAUGGAGGGCAAAGAUCCAAAUACUUAUGAUUUUAAACCUGAGUGGAUCCUUUCAUGGAGUAAACGCACACAGGAAAUGCAUGAUGAAGAAGUUAAUGAAAAGAUGGAAAAACUGAAAAAUAAAAUACUAGGUGAUAUUAAUAUGGAUAAAAGUUCUUCAGAAUCUCCUUCCAGAGAUUCUCCUCCCUUAAAAGAUAAAAAGUCAUCAAUAGAUUUAAAACAUAGUUGGCAUAAUAUUCCAGGAUCCGAAGUAUUAGAAAGAGACUCUGAUAUUGUAGUUAACAAAUCGUCUAACGAUAGAAAGCCUAGAGUUGCUGGGGCAUCUCCUAUUAAUUCAGAUUCAGAGGAUUCAAUAAAUGAAAUCAAUGAUCACAAUAAACCUAGGGAAAAAAUUAAAAUUGAAAAUCCAUUAAAUGUUAUUACUGUGUUGAGACAACUGAGCGUAUUGGAAAGUCAAUUAGGUUUAUUAGCACCUAAAAUAGUUGAUUUGUUAUCUAAAGGUCUUGUAAUGGAAAAAAUAGAACCAAAAUCUUCAAUUAAACUGCUAACUCCAGACAACUGUGUAAUGUUUGAAACAGUAAAGGAAAAACUUAAAGGACAACUUUUAGCAGGAGUUGUUAAAAGGAGUUUAGUAAAUGCUACCAUGUUUUCUAUUCGCAACAUUGAAAAAUUGAUGCAGUUAGCACCCAAGUUUAUACCUACAUCAAGCAUGUUAAAUUCUACACCUACAUCCAUACCUAUAUCCACUCCUAUACUUACACCUACAUCUACACCUAAAACUGCUCCAAUUGUAGUUCCUGGAGUUGGUGUUAUUGAUAAAAUGGCUAUUGCUCAGCAAAUAACUCAAGCAUUACUAGCACAAGGUAAAGUGGAUGUAUCACAAAAUGAUUUAGAAACUCUCAUAAAUGCUGUUGUGGGUAUGGCACAGUCUGGAGAUAAUAUUCAAGGAGCUAAGAACUUAUUAGCAAACAUAAAUAACGGCGGAGAUGUAUUGAAAACUGCUUAUGAAGAAGUUGAUAAGAAAGAAGAAGUUGACAAAAUGAAUUUAGAUCAACUAUCACAGGGUGAUAUAAUUAACUUAUUAAAAAAUUUCAGAGAUUUGAAUUCUGAUGAACAAGAUGGACUUAUAACUUAUUUAAAAAAAUUAGGAGAAAAAAAACCAGAAGAAGUGAAAAAAUUGAGAAAGUACAUUGAUAUGGGACCAUCUAACUUACAAGAAGUUACUUCUAUGUUUAAAGAUGAUGAAGACGAUGAUAAUUAUGAACUAUCAGACGUUUGUAAGGCUGUUAAAGAAAAAGUUAGUGAACAGAAAGAUGAAGACGUGAAAAACAUGACUGUUAAUUUUGAAAUCACUGAAGAGCAACAGAAACUUUUAAGUAGUUUAAAACAAUUUUUACCAGAAAUAAAAUCUGAUUAUGGGUUAGAACCUACCAAUACAAAGCAAACCACUCCUGACCAAUCAUUUUACAAAAAUCCUAACAAUGAACCUCAUACCACUUCAUAUUCCUUAGAUCCAUAUUCAGCUAAAAAAAAUGACACUAAUUAUUCUCCACAGCCAUCUACAUCCACUACAUUUUUAAUAGACCAAACUGAUAAAUACAAUACUCAAGAAAAGCCUAAUAAAUACGAUAAACCACAAGAACAGCCUAAUAAAUACAGUCAACCACAAGAACAGCCUAAUAAAUACAGUCAACCACAAGAUCAGCUUAAAAAAUACAAUAAAAAUCAAGAACAACCCAGUACAUACAAUAUACCACAAGAACAACCCAGUAAAUACAAUAUACCACAAGAACAACCUAAUACCUACAAUAUAUCACAAGAGCCACCCAAUAAAUACAAUGUAUCUCAAGAUUCAUCUAAUCAAUAUUUGUCUCAAGACCCAUCCAAUAAAUACAGUGCAUCUCAAGACUCGCAAAAUAAAUAUAAUAUAUCUCAAGAGGAAUCUAAUGAAUAUCAUACUUCUGAAGAGCAAUCUAAUGAAUACAAUACAUCUCCAGAAAAACCUGAUCCAUAUUCAGCUAACCAAGUAGAUAAUUACAAUGAUCCUUACUCACAAAAUCGAAGUAAUAAUUAUUAUCAAGGGCAACAACAGGAUUCUUAUAAUAAAUACCAUCAAAAUUCUUCCAAUUAUUAUAAAGGUAAAAAUCCAUAUAAAAGUAAUAAUACUUAUUCUGACUCAUACCAAGGAACGUCUAGAGAAAAUAAUAGGAACAAUCGAUUCAAUCGUGGUCAAAAUAAUCGAUAUCAAAAUAGACGGUAAAUUUAAUAUAAUUUUUUUUAUUAUAUUUAACUAAAUUGAUAGCUUUAUAAUCCUAUUAAUAUUUGAUAAAUUAACUAAAAAUUGUAUGCCUUACAUAUAAGUAUUUAAAUAUUUUAUUGUAUUAAAUUCAAUGAUUUUCUCACCACAAUAUUUCUUAUUAAUUUAACUGGUUAUUUUAAUAAAAUGUUUCAUUAUUGUAUUUUUUUAGAUAUAUAUAUAUAUAUAUAUAUAUAUGACUAGUGUUAAAACUGAAAACAUAACAUGAGAAAAAUAUAAAGUGUAACAUAUUUUUUCUUGUGUUUAAUAUGACAUUUGGAAAUGUAUAUAUUAUAAAACAAAUUAAAAUGCAUAUUAAAUGUGACAAUAUUUUUUAAGUAUUAAUGCAACUUGAUUAUAUUAUACUUUUUAAGUAUACAUGCAUAUUUUGAUUAUAUUACAUUUUUACUUAUAACUGAUAAGCUAUUGUAUUACUAUUUACAAAAGUUUUCAAUUCACAAGAUUACUAAUUUUAUUAUUUUAAUUUUAUUAUUGACAAUAUUAUGAUGUAUAUCUAAUAAUACAUAAAUUCAUUAUUUUCAUAUUUUUACUAGACAACCAUGAGCCAAUAGGUUAUUUUUUAAAUUAUUGGUUUCAGGUAUUUCAAAGACAUAUUAUUAUCUAUUUAUAUACGCUAAGUACCAAUUAUUAUAGAAAUACAUUUUAAUGUUUUUAAUGAAAAUGUUAACAGUGUGCAAAGAGUGCUAUAUUACAAUAUAUAUAUGUCAAAUAUGAAAUGUAAAACAUAGUUGUUGACAUGAUGAAGUAUUUUAAAUAAACAAAUAUUCAAGUAGA